GGCUGCCUUUCAAUAGUGCGUUGAGAAUUAACCGUCUCCCCUUCGCAGGCUUUUUCCUAAACUUGCUUCCUCCAGCUGUGCAGAGGGGUUAUGUCCAAGGUGGUAGACUUUUUCAGAGCUGGACCAUGAAUAACUGCAUCCUUCUGGAAGAACAACUGAUCAAAAAAUCCCAACAAAAGAGAAGGACUUCCCCCUCCAACUUCAAAGUGCGCUUCUUUGUUUUAACCAAAGCCAACUUAGCAUAUUUUGAAGACCGCCAUGGGAAAAAGCGAACUUUGAAGGGUUCCAUUGAACUUUCCAGAAUCAAAUGUGUGGAGAUUGUGAAGAGUGACAUCAGCAUACCUUGCCACUAUAAAUACCCCUUCCAGGUGGUACAUGAUAAUUAUCUUCUAUAUGUAUUCGCUCCUGAUCGAGAGAGCCGACAGAGAUGGGUGUUGGCCCUUAAAGAAGAAACCAAGAAUAACAACAGUUUGGUGCCUAAGUACCACCCCAAUUUCUGGAUGGAUGGGAGGUGGAGAUGCUGCGCCCAGACUGAAAAGCUUGCAUCUGGCUGUGCUGAGUAUGAUCCAACCAAGAAUGCUUCAAAGAAGCCUCUUCCUCCCACUCCCGAAGACAACCGGCGAUCACUGAGAGAACCUGAAGAAGCCCUUGUCAUUGCCUUGUAUGACUACAAUACAAACGAUCCCCAGGAGCUUGCGCUACAAAGCAAUGAAGAGUAUUACUUGCUCGACAACUCAGAGAUUCAUUGGUGGAGAGUCCAAGAUAAGAACGGGCAUGAAGGAUACGUUCCAAGCAGUUACCUGGUAGAGAAAUCACCAAAUAACCUGGAAACAUAUGAGUGGUACAACAAGAGCAUCAGUAGAGACAAAGCAGAAAAACUCCUUUUAGACGAGGGCAAAGAAGGAGCCUUCAUGGUGAGGGACUCUAGGACGCCAGGAACAUACACUCUUUCCGUUUUCACCAAGGCAAUCUUAAGUGAGAACAAUCCUUGUAUCAAGCACUAUCACAUCAAAGAGACCAAUGACCAUCCCAAACGGUACUACGUGGCAGAAAAAUUUGUGUUUGAUUCCAUUCCCAACCUGAUCAAAUAUCACCAGCACAAUGGAGGAGGUCUUGUUACACGUUUACGGUACCCCGUUUGUUCCUGGAGAAAAAAGGCCCCUAUCACAGCUGGGUUAAGAUAUGGCAAAUGGGUGAUCAAACCCUCAGAACUCACUUUUGUGCAGGAGAUUGGCAGUGGGCAGUUUGGCCUGGUGCAUCUUGGCUACUGGAUGGGGAAGAACAAGGUUGCCAUCAAGACCAUUCAGGAAGGGGCCAUGUCAGAAGAGGAUUUCAUAGAGGAGGCUGAAGUCAUGAUGAAACUCUCUCAUCCUAAACUGGUCCAGCUCUACGGAGUCUGUGUGGAGCAGGCCCCUAUUUGCCUGGUGUUUGAAUUCAUGGAGCACGGCUGCCUGUCCGAUUACCUCCGGAACCAACGGGGGCUCUUUUCUGCAGAGAGUCUCCUGGGCAUGUGCCAGGAUGUGUGUGAGGGGAUGGCUUACUUGGAAGAAGCUUGUGUCAUUCACAGAGACCUGGCCGCCCGGAACUGUUUGGUGGGAGAAAACCAGGUCAUCAAAGUGUCAGACUUUGGCAUGACAAGGUUUGUUCUCGAUGACCAAUAUACGAGCUCCACCGGUACAAAGUUCCCCGUGAAGUGGGCCUCCCCAGAAGUUUUCUCUUUCAGUCGUUACAGUAGCAAAUCUGAUGUGUGGUCUUUUGGAGUCCUAAUGUGGGAAGUCUUCAGCGAGGGCAAAAUCCCUUAUGAAAACAGUAGCAACACCAAGGUGGUGGAAGAUAUCAGCACUGGAUACCGGUUGUAUAAACCUAGACUAUCCUCCCCUCUCAUCUACCAGAUCAUGAAUGAUUGCUGGAAAGAGAAACCAGAAGACAGACCAUCUUUCGCUAGCCUGCUGUGUCAGCUGGCUGAAAUCGCUGAAUCUGCACUUUAAGCCAGGGUCUCUGGGGACUGCUGAAUCCGAGCUCCAACCAGGGGUCUCUGUGGCUCCGUGGGCAGCAAGCGUCUAAGUGGGGAUGGGGAAUUCCUACUUCCACAUAGCAUUAAGGACAGCCUCCAUCCCAAUCCUUUCUAAAGGCCAUGAGACCUGGGUGAGCCAAGCCCCAAAGCUGCUAAGGAAGCAGUGAUUUGAAAGUUGCCUGGAGAAUAGGGGGAGCCAGACUGGAAUCCAGAAAAGGUGGCAAAGGGCAUUACUAUCCUGAAGCCCACUACUCGACUAACCUCACGCACAGAGGUUGAGACUCAAUCCGGAAGCUUUUUGUGGGAUAUCUCUUGAUUAUGAAACUGGGGGGUAGGGGAGUGAAGUUGCACUCUAACGCUAUGGACUGACCUUUCCUUAGACUCAACAGCUCCACGUCGCAGAAUUUUCAAAGGCUUCCAGGCCCACAUGCUUUGCAGCAGGCCAAGCAUGCAGUUUCCUACCCGCCCCCACAAGGAAACAGGGAGCUGCAUCAGCUGUGCCAGCUAUAUUGACCAAACAAUGUGGACCACAGCUUCCUGCCCAUAUGCAGGGGAGGUUGAAACAACUCCAUGGCACUGAUGGGCUCUGUAGCAGCUGGCUGGAGUUGCAGCUAGCCGCACUGGCACCUGUCUGCUCAGAGGAGAUGGUGUGGGGCUGCCGCCUCUCCUACUGAGCAGGGGAAGAAACUGUUCAUUUAAAAAUUGGUCACCAACAGCUUUAAUGGAGUUUUCUGCAUUGCUCUGUUCCUAACAUCAGGGGAAGCCAAGUCAUUGUAUGAGUCUUGUGUUUCUAGAAGGCUGGGGUAGGGAGAAGACGAAAGGAAAGGUUUAAAGUUAGGGUUAAGUUCCAAGGAGAAACGAGGAGUCAGUGCAUUCUCUCUCAAACACAGGUGGGGGGAAACUGUUAGGUGGGUAAGAAAUUCCUCAAUCUGUUACCUAGGUAGGAGGCAAGAGUGAAAAGGUAAGGCUAAGAACCAGUGAGAAGAACAAGUCAGCGGAGUCUUUGAAAUCCUGAAAUCACUCCCAGGCUGAUUACCAUGGGCGCUGAUCCUAUCUCUGUGAACCAGAAUGAAAUUCCCAUUCCUCUACUCUAUAUUGUUUACUUCUACCUUCAAUUUAGUUCAACAUGGGAACAAGGAAAGAAGGAAAUCAGCAUUCAUUAAGCACCUACUAUGUGUCAGGCCCUGCGCAGGGUGCUUUAUGAAUAUU